AUGAUCGCCAGCAGAGCCAACGCGCUCCCUCAGGCAGGCGGAUCUUGCGGUGCUGGUAAGGUCGAUGAGCUUGUCGGAUACGGUGCUGGAACAACCGGAGGUGGAAGCGCCUCUGGAACUACAGUGACAUCCUGCGCUGCGUUAAAAUCAUCUUUGGCCUCCGGCGGAGUGAUUAAGAUUAAUGGCAUGCUCAGUGGAUGCGGUGUGCUCGACGUGAAGGGCAGCACCACCAUCGUUGGAGUUGGCGCCAAUUCCGGAAUGACGAACGGUGGACUACGAUUGAAGUCGGCGAACAAUGUUAUUCUUCGAAACCUGAAGAUGAAAACUCCACCAGAGAAAAAAGAUAUCAUCGCACUUGACAAAUCCUCCAAAGUCUGGAUCGACCACUGCGAUAUCUCAUCCCAAGGAAUAUCCGGAGACAAGGACAAAUAUGACGGCUUGCUCGACAUCACUCACGCGAGCGACCAGGUCACCGUCUCCUGGACCAAAUUCUCCAACCACUGGAAAGGCUCCCUCAUCGGCCACUCAGACAAUAAUGCCGCGGAAGACCGCGGUAAGCUGAGAGUGACCUACCACCACAACCUCUUCACCAGCGUCAACUCGCGCACGCCGUCUGUCCGCUUCGGCACCGCCCACAUCUACAGUUCCUGCUACGAGAACAACCCGACCUCGGGGGUCAACUCGCGCAUGGGCGCGCAGGUUCUCGUCGAGAGCAGCUCGUUCACCAAGUCCCCGAAGUCGAUCAUCACGAAUCUGGAUAGCGAUCAGGAGGGGUUUGCGCUGAGUAAGGAUAAUAUCUUUGAUGCUGUGAGCCAGCCGGCGAUUACGAAGCAGGGGAACUUGGCGCCGCCGUAUAAGUAUACGCCGGAUCCCGCUUCCUGCGUGUGUGAAUUGGUGAAGUCGAAGGCUGGGACUGGAGUUGUUAGUUAA